AUGGAGUUUCCCUUUGAAAAGAAAACCACUCUACAAAACACCCCAAAGAUAGUUUUCCUACUUCUUCUCACUAUCAUCCCUCUCUAUUAUAUUCAUCUAACUCAAUUUCUAUGGAAUGGUUUUCUUCUAUCAUCACCAUCACCAUCAUCACCAUUAGAUGAUAUCGAUAAUUAUAAUUCAACAUCGAUUAUAAAAUUAGCAUCAUCAUCAUCAUCAUCUUCACCUUCAUCGCCAAAAUCUUUAUCGCCUUCACCACUGCCACCAUCCUUAUUCAAUGGCAACAACAACUCAACGGCAGCGAUUGCAAGAUCAGAUAACAAAUGCAACAUUUUUAAAGGCGAGUGGGUCCGGAAUCCCAACGCCCCAUAUUACACAAACACAACUUGCUUCGCCAUUUCAGAUCGGCAGAAUUGUUUGAAGUAUGGUCGACCCGACACUGAUUUCUUGAAAUGGAGGUGGAAGCCCAACGGCUGCGAUCUUCCCAUCUUCAACCCGGCCCACUUCUUGGAACUCGUUAGAGGAAAGUCCAUGGCUUUUGUUGGUGACUCUGUAGCAAGAAACCAAAUGCAAUCCUUGAUCUGCCUCUUAUCUACGGUGGAAUAUCCUAAGGACCAUUCCUACACACCUGAUGAUAAAUUCAAGAACUUGCUAUACAACAGCUACAACUUCACCCUUGCAUCCUUCUGGUCACCCUAUCUAGUUAGAACUGAAGAAGCUGAUCCCACCGUCAAUCAGCCUGCCGGUCUCACCAACCUUUACCUUGAUAAAUUCGAUAAGAAAUGGACGGCCGAGAUCGAGCAAUUCGAUUACGUGAUCAUAUCAGCUGGACAUUGGUUCUUCCAUCCUCUCAUUUUGUACGAAGGUGGCCACAUUGUUGGAUGCCACUCCUGCUCACAGAAAAACAUCAAUGACAGGACGACAUCCUACGGCUACCGGAAGGCGCUCCGGACCGCAUUCCGAGCGAUCAUUGGCCAUGAUCGCUCCGAUCGCAUGGUUUUUCUGAGGACAUUUUCGCCAGCCCACUACGAGAACGGUGUGUGGAAUAAAGGAGGGAAAUGUGGGUGGACCAAACCACUUAAGAGCCAUGAAACAAGGUUAGAAGGGUCCAAUAAGGGCCUGUACAUGGCCCAGUUGAAAGAAUUUAAAAUAGCAAAGAAGAAAUGGAGGAAGAGAGGAUUGAAAUUUAGAUUGAUUGAUACUACAAAGGCCAUGUUGAUGAGACCAGAUGGACAUCCUGAUCAGUAUGGACACCCGAUUGAUGAUCAUGCAUACCAUGAUUGUGUCCACUGGUGCUUGCCGGGCCCGAUCGAUGCGUGGAAUGAUUUCUUGCUUCAGAUGAUGAAGAUGGACGGUGGAUGAUCUUCUGAUUGGAAUCACAAUCAAAGUUAGAGGAACUGUGAAUCAGAUAGCACGUUGAGAAUUCUUUUUUCA